GGCUUGACAGCUCUGUGACUGAGCAUAAGAAUGAGCCUGCGUCAACAAACGCCAGUCAGAUGAGUUGAAAAGAAAGGCAGGAACAGAUACGGCCAUGCACAGAUUGCUCGCAACAGGAGACUAGUACUGAUCUCUCUCUCCUUCGGAGUUCACCCUCAAUCCCAAACCACAAGAAUUGAAGUCUGACCCAUCUGAUAAACCUCAUACAGCUCUUCACAGCGGGAAUACACAGGUUGCUGCAAUGUCAGGACAGGAAGUGACAUCAAUGGAGAACAACAACAACAAGGACCCACCAGAAACUGAGAAGCAAGCAGAAGAAGCACCACCGCAGGAAAAGACAACAUCCGAAGAACCAACAGAUUUGAGCCAGUCGAAUUCAGAAAAAGAAGAACAUACUGAUGAUGAUGAAAAUAAGACUACGGAGGAAAGCAAGGGGGAAGAGGAAGGAGGAGAAGAAAAGGAGGAGGAAGAGGACGAUGGAUUGUCUGAAAUACAGCCUAAUGUUGAGGAAUAUGACCCUAGAUGCAUCAAACCUCUUGGCAGGUACAACACUGUAAGCUACAGGAAGAUAAAGAGAGGAAUGACACAGCAGAGAAUAGAUGAGUUUGAAUGCAUGCUGGAUGUAUAACCAUGACAGGAACUGAAAUGGGCUGUGCCAUCAUGUUUUCAUGUCGUGUGUUCAGAAGUUUCUGGCUGGAAAAGUUGUUUUACAACAUAAAGCAUGUUCACAAACGCAUGAACAGUAUUUUGUGAUAUAGUGACAUCAUUUCUAUACUGCUGUCACAUUAUUAAAUAUAUGGGCCUAUAUUCUUAAAUGAACAAAAUGAAAGAAGGGCUUAACCCAGGCAUUAGCCUAACACACUGAUCGAAUGUAAGAAAAUCAGCUGAACCAGAAAAACUGUGUUUAGAUGUAUACAACGUGUGCUACAGAUUUGUCACUCAUGUCAUCUGAAUAGCAUGUGGUGGACUGAUUUAGAUAUCUGCUUCAAUAGCAGUGUCAAAUCACCAUGAGCCGAAAUGUAAAGCUUUGUAAAUAUCGUCAGUUUUAAUAUGUAAUGAUAGAGAUAAUAGCUGCUUGUUAGACAUUUAGGGUUGGUUUACCGGACUGGGACUAGACUAGUCCUAGACUAAAAUAAAAGUAAGAGCAGUCCAAACUGAAAACAACUUGCACUGACAUAUCUUAAAAUACAUCAGUGCCCUUUGUUUUGCCUCAAAAUGCACACAUGUAAUGUUUUUAGUAAGGCAUGUUUGUUAAAACUAGAUAUAUUUUCUAAUUAAACUAAGACUCAGUCCUGGUUUAAGCUAAUCUCUAUCUGGGAAACCACCCCUUAUAGGUUUUACCUGGAUGUUUGCAUUGUUUUUUUAUGUUGCUUAACUCAAUGUUACCCAAAUUAUUAUCUCAUUGCUUACUAAACUUUUUUAUCUGUUGAUAAAAAAUAAAAUUAAUGCAAAUUGGUUUAAAGUGAUUUUUUUCCGCAAUUUUUAACGCAUUUACAGCUGGCAGAAUAUCACUGACGUCACAUCUAUAACAGUACACAUGUCUCACCACUAGGUGGCAAUAUUGUUUUGUCUUAAGCAAAUUAUGCAUAGUAAGAGUUUAAACCACACGAAUAGACAGACAUAAACGGUUAUAAUACACCAUAAUACUAAAAUGACCUGGAUAAUAAAGUAAAUCAUUUAACCAUGCAAAUUUACAAAAUGCGUAAUUCCUGCAAAUUGUUUACCUUUAUUUUUUUUACCAAUCAUUAUGUAUAAUCGGUCUAACGAGAUAUUAAGUGAAGUAAUUUGUUUAAUAUGAAUGUUUAUGACCCAAUACACUCUGUAUUUAUUCUCCCAGUUUCUGGUUAACUCCAGUAAUGACU